AUGGUCGCCCUUUCGGCAUAUCUAAUUUUUCCAUUUCUGGUUGCUGAUGCAGUCUGUGCUGGGAAUGCGACGGCAAGACUACGUGUUGACCUGAUCUCAGCUACUUUCAUUUCGGGCGGCGUAGCCACCUUUAUACAAAGCACCUUCGGUUUGCGACUUGCCAUCCUACACGGCGCUUCACUGGCUUUCCUUGCUCCAAUACAGACAUAUCAAGUCUCGCUUGGCGAGUGUACAGCUGGGGAUGAUACCUAUGUACCCGAGGAGGAAUGGCAUAUUAAAUUAGCGACGCUUUCCGGGAGUCUAAUGACAGCCUGCUGUCUGUUCGUCCUUAUCGGAGCCACAGGAGCUGUCGGAUGGUUUGCCAGGCAUGUCGGACCGAUUACGAUAGUACCCCUCCUCACCCUGAUUGCCAUCUCUACAGUACCGACAAUCGAGCAAAAACUCAGUUCACAUUAUAUGGCCAUAGUAGAGCUGGUCUUGUUGAUCAUCUUUGUCGUGUUCCUCGAGGACUUUCAGGUCCCGAUCCCGUAUUUUUCCUGGGAGAAGCGAAAGAUAGCGAUAGCCAGAGCACCUGUAUUUGGACAAUUUCCGUACUUGAUAUCUCUUGGAAUCGCCUGGCUGAUUUGCUAUAUCCUUUCCUCAGCUGCCAUCAUCAGUGAUGACUCGCCGGCUUCGACGAAAAGAAACGAAACCCACGGACUGAUUGCCAACGCGCCAUGGGUCAAGGUGCCGUACCCAGGAGAGUACGGUGGAUUCCGCGUGAAUACAGCUGUGUGCCUGGGGUUUGUGGCCGCGGUGGCAUCUCGUGUCACAGUCCAAUUGGCUGGUGUGUUGUCAGUGGCGCUAGGGCUUUUUACGAAGUCGGCAGCAAUACUUGCCUGCAUUCCGGAUCCGUUGAUCGGCUCGAUUUUAUGUCUAGGGAUGAGUAUGAUAGCUGGGGUAGCCCUGUCAAAUCUAAAGGUAGUCAACCUCUCGCAAACUCGUAAUCUGGCCAUUAUGGGGUUGGCCUUGUUGCUCGGGCUGGUCAUCCCCUCUCACUUCACCAAGAGCCCAAUCAAGACUGGCAACGAUACCUGGGAUGAGGUGCUGAACAUGUUGCUGACAAUCCAGAUGCUGAUCGGUGGACUAUUUGCUUUUUUGAUGGACAUCAUGGUGCCAGGUGCUAGCCGGAAAGAUCCAGUUUGUGCCGGGCAGGCAACGGCAAGGCUACGUGUCAAUUUGAUCUCUGCUACCUUCGUGUCUGGUGGCAUAGCCACGUUUAUCCAGAGCACUUUUGGGUUACGACUGGCAAUCCUUCACGGCACCUCAUUAGCCUUCUUGGCCCCAAUCCAGGCGUACCAGACGCUAAAUGGUGAAUGCACAGCCGGUGACUCGUAUGUGCCGGAGGAGGAAUGGCAGGGCAGGCUGGCUACGCUUUCCGGGAGUCUAAUGAUUGCUUGUUGUGUGUUCAUCCUGAUCGGAGCUACAGGCGCUGUCGGAUUGUUUGCCCGGCAUGUCGGCCCGAUUACGAUAGUACCCCUUCUCACCCUCCUUGCCAUCUCCACGGUGCCAACAAUCGAGGAGAAGCUCAGCUCACAUUAUAUGGCCAUAGUAGAACUAGUACUGCUUGUUGUGUUUGUCGUUUUUCUUGAGCAUGUCCAGGUUCCGAUCCCAUAUUACUCCUUGGGAAAGCGAAGGAUGGCUGUCGCCAGGACGCCACUGUUUGGACAAUUUCCGUACUUACUGUCCCUUGGCAUCGCCUGGUUUAUUUGCUAUAUCCUCUCCUCAGCGGCUAUCAUCAGUGAUGAUUCACCGGCUUCCACCAAAAGAAACGAGACCCAUGGACUGAUUGCUAACGCACCAUGGGUAAAAGUACCGUAUCCAGGCGAGUACGGUGGAUUCCGCGUGAAUACGGCGUUGUGUCUGGGAUUUGUCGCCUCUGUAUUGUCAUCAGUUAUCGAGAAUGUCGGCUCGUAUAAAAUGGGUGCUAGAGUUUCGCAUCAAGGAAAUCCACCGGUUGACAAUGUCAAUCGAGCCGUCAUGGUUGAGGGUCUUGGCAGUAUGCUGGCUGCCUCACUUGGUGUCUCCACUGGGGUGGCAUCUCGUGUCACCGUCCAAUUGGCUGGUGUGUUGUCAGUGGCGCUGGGGCUUUUUACGAAGUUGGCGGCAAUACUUGCCUGCAUUCCGGAUCCCUUGAUCGGAUCGAUUUUGUGUCUAGGGAUGAGUAUGAUAGCUGGUGUGGCGCUAUCAAAUCUAAAGGUAGUCAACCUCUCUCAAACUCGUAACCUAGCCAUUAUGGGUCUGGCCUUGUUGCUGGGGUUGGUCGUCCCCUCGCACUUUACAAAGAGCCCAAUCCGGACCGGUAGCGAUACCUGGGAUGAGGUGUUGAACAUGUUGCUCAGGAUUCAGAUGCUGAUCGGCGGGUUGUUCGCAUUUUUGAUGGACAAUUUGGUGCCAGGUGCCAGCCGAAAAGAUCGCGGGCUAGCUGGUGAAGAGGAAGAAGCCGAAUUCCCGCUAGAUGGAUUUGCACUACCAGAUUGGGUGGAUAGUGGUCUAGACAAAAUGCCCAUACUUCGGCGACUACCCUUUUUACCCUCAAAAAGUCAUCGAGAUCCGGCCAAAACAGCAGCCUAUGCAUUUGAUAUGGACACGGUGCUGAAAUGU